AUGAAUUCCAUAAGGAGAUGGUUAUAUCGACCUAAGAGGACAGAUACGUCAUUGUUGGCACAAUUUUUCUAUGCUGAUGAAGAUUUGAAUUUAGUAGCAGCUGAAUUGGAUAGUUUUGAUGGGAGGAAAGAUCCAGAGAGAUGUUCUCUAUUAGUAAACCAGUUGAGAACAUGUCAAGAUCGUGUUCUCAAUAUUAUUCAGCAGAUUAUGGAAGAUGCUAUUCCAUUACAACGAGCUAGUAGAGACUUUCGAGUCAAGUUUCCUGAUGAUGUCAUACAAGAGAAUUUAUCAGGCCAGUUGUGGUUUGGGGCUGAGUGUUUAGCAGCUGGUUCCAGUAUUAUGAACAGAGAGAUAGAGAGUGCCACUAUGAGACCAUUAGCUAGAGCAUUAACUAAGAAUUUAGAUAGUUUAAGAUCAGUAUUAAGAGAACAAUGUCUACGUAAUAUCAACCAGUACACAGAAAGGAUACGAGAAUCGUUAGUGAUAUUUGAUAAGUUAUUCGCUGAAUUUGAGCUCAGUUAUGUAAGUGCUAUGGUACCUGUCAAGACUAUGAGAGAAUAUGAUAUGGUACAAGAAAUAACUGUUUUAUUCUCAGAAACUGUUCAACGGGCUGUGAAGUUAGGUCACCUCAGUGAAGAAAUGAUCAAUGAAUAUGAUCCAGCUUUAAUGUUUACCAUUCCUAGAUUAGCUAUUGUCUGGUAG